AUGGCCGCGACGGCGCUGGCGCCCUGGCCGCGACCCGGAAGGAGCCGGGCCUCGCGGGGGCGGGCCUGCGACUUAAGAUUCGCUUCCGGGUCGCGGCGGAGCGCGCUCUCACGUGCGGCCGGAGAAGCGGGGCCUGCGGUGAUGAUCACCAAGACCCACAAGGGAGAUCCGGGCCUGGGGCUCCCAGAGAAAAAGAAGAAGAAGAAGAAGAAAGUGGUGCGGGACCCCGAGACCCAGUACUCGGUGCUGGACAGCGGCAAUUACUUCUCGGGGUUCUCCACGUCCCGGGCCGCGUCCCCCACCAAGUGUGGGGCCCGGGGGCAGGGCCCGGAGACGCCGCUGAUGAAGAAGAAGAAGAAGAAGAAGAAAGGCCCCCACAGCACGCUCUGCGACGAGCCCGCCGCCCCUGAGUUCCGGGGCCGCCGCUCCAAGCCCCCCAGCCCCAGGAGGGCCGAGCUGGCAGGCGGCGGCGGGGAGAAGAAGAAGAGGAGGAAGUCACUGUGGCCGUUGCCCUUGUCCCCUGACUCGCGGGCCAAGGCCCUGGACCCCCGGCCGAGCGAGAAGGCGAGCAGCAAGAAGCUCAAGAAGCACCGGAAGAAAUCCCCGGAGCCCGGGCCCUACUCGGGCCUCAACUCCUGGUUCUGCGAGGCCGGGGACGCCGUGUACGCCCUGGGGGGCGCGACCGGGGACGAGUCGGCCGCCUGGGGCCAGAAGCGCAAGCAGGGCAGCCCCCGGAGCGGCGCCAAGCUCAAGCGGAAGAAGAAGACGUGCUGCCCGGAGGCGGAGCUGGGCCCCGGCCUGGCCCGCCGCUCCCGGGCCCUGGACGGCAGCCCGCGCAAGGGCGGCAAGAAGAAGCCGGCCAGGGGCCUGGACGCCGCCGAGUGCCUCCCCAUCGGCGACGGCCCCAAGGUCCCCGCCAAGAAGAAGACCAAGAAGUGCAAGGAGAAGGUGGGGCUGGCCGACCUGGAGGAGCUGGUCGUGAAGCGCAAGAAGAAGAAGAAAAGGAGGGAGUGCACCGUGGUGGAGGAGACCCUCCAGGAGGCCCCCGACACGGACCUGGAGGUGGUGCUGGAGAAGAAGGGCAACAUGGACGAGCUGCACAUUGACCAGGUGAGGCGGAAGGCCCUGCAGGAAGAGAUCGACCGGGAGUCGGGCAAGACUGAAACUUCCAACUCCAGCCAGUGCCAGUGGACGGAGACCCGUUUCGGCCAGUGGGACACCUCGGAGUUCGACACCGACGAGAAGAGGAUGAAGUUCUUCAAGCUGAUGGGCGGCCUCAAGAACCUGUCGCCGUCCUACAGCCGCUCCCGCAACGCGAUGGGCAGGACCAACAUGGCCCUGGACCGGCGGGCGGCCGACCUGCUGCAGCGCCACCUGCAGCGCGACUACGACCGCGCCCUGGACUUCCGGUGCCGGCGCGGCGUGGGCCUGGGCUUCCACUCCCAGGCCGACAAGGUCUUCUACAUCGACAAGAACGGCUCCCGCUCGCUCAAGUUCGAAGAUUAAACGACUGUUUGCCCACCUGCCCCGCAGGAUCGCUCUCGGGAGGUGGGCGGGCGGGAGCCAGUCGCGGCCCAUGCCCAGGAAGCAGGCCCUGGAGAGGACCGGGGACAGCGGGGUGUGGUGGACACGAGGGGCGGAGGGGGGGAGCUCGGCCGUCGGGAGCUGGGCACAGGCAGGCACCUCCGAGCUCCGUCCUUUCUGCACGGGGCCGCAUCCCCGGUGGAGAGCUGAGCGGGCACAGCUGCUUGGGGGCUUCCGGGGUCCCUGGCACGGCCCCGCGGGAAAGACUGCCCUGGCGUCCUUUUCCCUUCCUCCUCACAGACUAGGUGCUAUGAUGCUCCCCAUCUUACAGAUGAGGAAACCGAGGUGCAGGGGUGGAGAGAUCCGGCUUGCCGGAGCCAGUCACCCAAGUGACCCAUCAACGCCAAGCCCUGGGUCGCUGCUCGCUCAUCCCCACCAGGGAGCCUUGUUCAGAAGAGCCCUGGGCGCCCAGGGGUCUUGCCGAGGGAAACGGGGCUUUCCCCUCACUGGCUGCUUUUGGGGCCAUGCCCCGCGGUGCUUUUGCUCUUCCUGGCUCUGCACAGGCGCGAGCCCUGGCUCGGCUUGGGGGACCAUACUUGGUGCUGGGGUAAUCGAACCGGGCUCGGCCACGUGCACCCUGACCCUGCUGCUACCUCCGGCCCGGGAACAGAAGGCCCGUGCUAGGUGGGAAAGGCCAGCGGGAAGCGGGCCGGGGAACGGGCAGGGAGAACACCUGUCGUCCUCGCCGUUCCACAGCCGCUGUGGGCAGAGGGGCAGAGGCGUCCAGCUCCUGCCCCGAAGAUGGGCCCAAACUUCCCCUGCUGGGCGGGGCGGUGGGCCAGGCCGGCCUUGCUCCCCCUUUGUUCUCGGGGCUUAGCUUGGAGUCCGGGAUCUGGUGCUCGCGGGGGUUCUCCUGGGGAUCUGCUGGCGAAUGGCGGAGCCAGUGUGCCCACACCUGACCUCCCCCGGUACCAGGAGGGCCCUCAGCCCUCCACCCAGCACCUCGCACCCCCAAGGGAGCCGGGGCACUCCCUGCAGCCCUCCCAGCCUUUGCACCUACUGAAAUAGCCUCUAGUUUUUUUAAGUGUCACAAGAAAGGAUUAUAAUGGAGACAAUGGGUGAAAUAAAGGCCGCCUUGGGCAUA